GCUAGGUGAGCCACCCCUGCCUGCCCCACCCCACCCCAACCAGCGGGAGGACGAAGGGAGGGGAAACCGCGGCGCGCGGCGGCGGCGGCAUCGGCGGCGGCGCGAGGGAGUUGAAACCGCGAGCGAGCAAGCGCGCGCGCGCGGAGGCGGAGGCGGUAGGCGCUCCUCGUCCAGCCUCAGCGACUCGGGCGGCGAAGCUUCGAGGAGGAGGAACUAGGUAGGGGCGGUGAGUGAGUACGUACAGGGGUGGAGGGAGAGGCGGUGGUGAGAGUAUGGGGAGGGACGAGAUGCUGCGGCGGAGCCUCGUGGCGCUGGCGGCGGUGGUGGUGGUCACGGGGGUGGUGACGGCGUCGGUGCGGAAGGCGGUGGCCACGUACGGGUUCGGCAUCCUGGGCAUCGCCGGCGUGCUGCUGCCCGACUGGGAGUUCUUCGACCGCGACUACUCCGAGUGGCUCACCCCCAUGCCGGCCUCCCGCCGCACGGCCGCCGAAGCCGCCGCGGACCGCGAGCACGACGUUUGGAAAUUUAAGCCCUAUCCACUAAGGGUGGCUGUGCUUACGACGAUCUACAGCUUUGGCCUUUACAAGUGGUGGAUGUACGUAUCUAGCUAGUCAAAAUUCCACCUUCUGCUCAUCCUUGCUCUCAUGGAUUAGAAGUUUUUGGGAGAGUACCAUCAUCACAUUGCCAUUCUUGGCCAUUUUAUAUUGCCUGAUUUAUUGUACACUGCCAAUACGAAAACGUCUAAAUGGGGAACACGCACCACAAGUUGAUGUCUGUAACUAAUGAGGUUUGUGAUGGGCAAAUGCCACUCUCAGCUCAAUAUUCGUAGCAUUGUUCUUCCUUUUGUUCUUCUUCA